GCACCAUUUCAUGUACCAACCGCGACAAAACAUCCAGACGAAGAAGAGGGCCGACAGCAGACUGAACACUGCAGUACAUGCGACCGUACAGCCGCUCUCAGCCUGUGUUCAUUUUUCUCCGACGACACGGAGGAUAACAUUCAUCUGUGUUUUGAAGUGAAGUGGCGGAGAAUAUUCAACGUAUCCGGAAACCCCAACUUUCCGUUACAACACGAACCGAUUGUGGGGCUUUAAAGAGGACAGCGUUGACAAAGUUGUUGUGGUGUGUGGCAUUUGUGGACGGGGAAGGACUGGCAAAUAAAACAGCAUUCCCCUUGACUACGCAGUGGAACGGUGAGUUCAGAACUGGGAUAUUUCAGGUUUUUCCGAUCACAGAUAUCACAACAGAGCCAAAGGUGCAGUGGGGGCAAGGCUGCUCUCAGGUCAGAACAAACCCGUCACCAUGGAUGUGGAUGAGGAGGAGAAUAUGAUUGCCCCUCCAUGAGCAUCAUGGGAGCCAUCAUUUGUCCUUACCUGAGCCAAGACACAGAGCAGAUCCUGCAACGAAGGCGUUGUAAGUUACUCUUUCUGGGCACCGCAGGUUCGAGCAGCACCGACGUUAAGGAAAACCGAAACCUGGACAACGUGUCCUGCAAAGACGGGGUGGGAGUGGCUGAACAGCUCCCCAAUGGAAGUGGCCUGGGCAGUCGAAAGCGCCCCCUAGAAGAGGGAAACAAUGGACACACACACUCCAAGUUCCGGGCCAAAAAGCGUAAGAAAACACCAGGGCCAGUCCUGCCCAAGAAUGCUCUGAUGCAGUUGAACGAAAUCAAACCAGGUCUACAGUACAAACUGCUGUCUCAGACAGGACCAGUCCAUGCACCAGUUUUUGUCAUGACUGUGGAGGUCAAUGGACAGAUGUUUGAGGGCAUGGGCCCAACUAAGAAGAAGGCUAAACUAAAUGCAGCUGAGAAAGCACUGCGUUCUUUCGUCCAGUUCCCUAAUGCCUCUGAGGCACACCUGGCCAUGGGUCGAACACUAACGGUGAACACAGACUUUACAUCUGACCAAGCUGACUUCCCAGAUAUGCUCUUCAAUGGUUUUGAGACACCAGCCGCACCUGAAGAAUCCUUCUAUGUAGGCUCCAAUGGUAGCAGCUCCUUAAACUCACUAGGGGAGUACCCACUGCCCACACCUCCUGGCAGCAACCUUGUCCAGGCCCCAUUGCCCCCUCCAUCUGCUUUCAGCUCGCCCUCCAGUGGCAAAAACCCAGUCAUGAUCCUCAAUGAGCUUAGGCCAGGCCUCAAAUAUGACUUUGUCUCAGAGAGUGGGGAGAGUCAUGCCAAGAAUUUUGUGAUGUCAGUAACAGUGGAUUCACAGACGUUUGAAGGUUCAGGGCGCAACAAGAAGUUGGCUAAAGCCCGGGCAGCGCAGGCCGCCCUCUCAGCUCUCUUCAACAUGCAGCUAGACCAGACACCAUCCCGGCAACCCAUACCAAGAGAGGGAUUACAGCUUCACCUGCCCCAGGUUCUGGCUGAUGCCGUCUCUCGCCUGGUGGUGGAUAAGUUCAGUGAGCUGACAGACAACUUCACCUCCCCUCAUGCACGACGGAAAGUCCUAGCGGGGGUCGUCAUGACAACAGGGACAGAUGUGAAGGAAGCACAGGUCAUUUGUGUCUCCACGGGAACCAAAUGCAUCAACGGUGAGUACAUGAGCGACCGUGGCCUGGCACUCAAUGACUGCCACGCUGAGAUAAUCGCCCGACGCUCGCUCAUCAGGUACCUCUACACUCAGCUGGAGUUCUUCCUCAGCAACAACAAGGAGGACCACCAGAAGUCGAUAUUCGUGCAGUGUGACAAGGGAGGCUACAGGUUAAAGGACAACGUUCAGUUCCACCUCUACAUCAGCACCUCGCCCUGUGGAGACGCCAGGAUCUUCUCUCCCCACGAGGCCGGAGUGGAAGACCAAGGAGACCGACAUCCCAACCGGAAAGCACGGGGCCAGUUAAGGACCAAAAUUGAGUCGGGGGAGGGCACCAUCCCUGUGAGGUCCAGCAACACCAUCCAGACCUGGGAUGGGGUGCUGCAGGGGGAGAGAUUACUCACCAUGUCCUGCAGUGACAAGAUCGCAAGGUGGAAUGUGGUGGGCAUUCAGGGCUCUUUGAUGAGCUACUUCACAGAACCAAUCUACUUCUCCAGCAUCAUCCUUGGCAGCCUUUACCAUGCCGACCACCUCUCCAGGGCCAUGUACCAGCGCAUCGCAGAUAUCGAGGACCUGCCCCAGCAGUUCACCCUCAACAGGCCUCUCCUCAGUGGUAUAAGUAACGCAGAGGCCAGGCAGCCAGGCAAGGCACCGAACUUCAGUGUGAACUGGACGGUGGGUGACCAGGCCCUGGAGGUGAUCAAUGCAACCACAGGCAAGGACGACAUGGGUCGCGCUUCACGCCUCUGUAAGAAUGCCCUCUACAGCCACUGGGUGCGCCUACACUCCAAGCUGUCAUCCAUCUUGUGGAUCAAGAUGCUCAAGCCCAGCUCCUACCAUGAAGCCAAGCAGGCAGCCACAGAGUACCACUCUGCCAAGCAGGCGCUCAUCAAGGCCUUCCACAAGGCCGGCCUGGGGGCCUGGGUCAAAAAGCCCAUUGAGCAAGACCAGUUCACCCUCAGCUCCUGAGGGAGUCAAGGGACCAAGGGAUUCCUAAAGCCCCCACUCCUUCCCCCCUGACCCAGGCCUGAAAGCAACAGAGCCCCCCUAUUAACAACGAGCCUACAGAGACACUUACCUCCGUCCCAUGUGUCGGCACGCACGUGCACUUUGUACUUGUGGAAAUAAACGUGCGUAGUUUCACAAUCCAUCCAUAGCUCAUCAUUCUCAUUCCUCAGAGGACCUCAGCCUCACCAUGUCUUUUCCAUCAUAUUGAUUUUUGUCCUUUGUACUUUGAUUUUAAUGGAUGGUGUUUCUUCAUCUACUUGUUUUCUGUUUUAAAACUGGAAUCCAUGGUUUUUACACCACUGAGUUGUUUAUGUUUCCCAGAGAAAUCGUGUUUUUAAUGCCGUAGAUGUGGAAAAUGAAAUGAUACAGUUUUGUCUAUUUUCUUGAUCAAUGAGUGUAGCCGGUUUAGGGUGAAAUGUAGCCUAGAAACACAGGCUCCUUGUUAACUAAAACCAAUGUGUAUGGACCUAAAAAAAAAAGAUAUACUUGCUAAAAUGAAUGACUAUGACAAACUUUAAUUUAAAGAUGCAUAAAUCUUCAGGAUGUAAAUCUAGUACUGAAAAGAAAGAGAACUUAUAGUUAUAUAACAUUUUAAUGUGUGUUAUUUGGUCCGUUCCUUAGAUGAGACUACAUGUUCUUAGCCCCUUUAUUAAAGAUGAAAAUGUUACAAAAUACUGUGGUCCUGUUUGAUUCACAUAUACAGGCCAGGUGUUGCAGCAGUUUAGUCCACUUUUGUUGAUUUUUUAUGUCUUGUUCAUUCAUUUGUGCAUAUGUUCUGUAAGUUAUUUUAUGUCACUUUCAUUUCAUACUUGAACCAUGGGGGGGUCAUGUUGAGAGCAUCGCAGCCCCUCCCCCCCAAAAAAUCCCCCCACACCCACCUCCGACUCCUCCCCUCGCCUGGGUCUGGGACAAGCUUUGGGAGGUGCUGCACGUUGUAUUUUUCCUUGAUCUAAGCCAUGGCUUUGCAUGGGAACUGAACUGGGGGGCCUACAGAGCAGAAAACACGUGGUGGAAAGCGUCCAUCAGUGAAUGAUUUUGAAUGAAUGCCAGCAUCUUCCUCCACAGGCAGCUUUGAAUCUUUGUCUCUAUUUUCUAGAUUUCUUGUAAUUGCUUGUUUGUUUUGGGGGGAGGGGGAGGGACAGUAUUUUCUUUUCUUUUCUUUUUUCUUCUUAAGAUUGGGCAUUUGAGGAUCGGGAAUAAUACUGCAGUGAAAAUAGUGAUAGCAUAAACAGACCUCUCAGAUCUUGUAACUAUGUAACUUUGUGGCAGGGAUCCAUGAUAGCUGUCAGUUGAACUAUUAAUAGAAGGCUCGGUGUAUGUACUGUGGUGCCACAUACAGUAUAUGAAGUUACAUUCACUAGAUGCCACAUUAUGCCAGUCUGUAGAGAUAGUCUGAAAUGCAAACAUGUUGUAAUCCCUCCACAUAAUUCUCUUUGGAAACACCUAGAGGAGCAGUGAAGUAACACGGAGUCCCUGUAUGAACAUACUCACAAGUUGUAUGCUUUCUCUCUUCUAUAUCUGCAGAAAACACGUUAGUUGCGUAGUUCAAGAAGACCUUUGUGAUCUGACUUGCCACCUUUACACCCUGAGUGCAUAAAUGUCCUUGUGUUUUAAAUUUGUAAGUGAGGACAUAUUUCCAAGUAACUGAAGUGAAUUCCUAUUCCCAGCUGUAGGAAAUGUGUGUGUGUGUGUGUGUGUGUGUGUGUGUGUGUGUGUGUGUGUGUGUGUGUGUGUGUGUGUGUGUGUGUGUGUGUGUGUGUGUGUGUGUGCAUGCGUGUGUGCGUACGCAAAUCUAUGUGUGCUCAGACGUCUUUAAGCAUACUCUGUGGAGUCUUCACCAAAGAUGAUGUUGCCCAUGUGUGUCUCUGCCCCAGUAUUUUCCUUACAAAGAUUUUUCUUUUUUAAAUAUCGCACACAUUUUUUUGGGAGGGGGGGGGAAUCAACCCUUUACUGUUUGGCUUUUGUAUAUCCACUGAACAAUGUACUUUUUGAUUUGUACAAAAACUGUGUAUUCCAUUCAGUAUGGGGGAAAUUGAAUUGUCAGGCUUCUUUAGUGCAUCUGUAGCUGUCGGUGGCCACGUGUAUCUUGUGACCUGCAAUUAUUAUUGCUGCAGUAUAGUAGUUCUGUGUAUAUAAGGAACAACAAAACAACAAAAAUGACAAAUUCUGUUCCCUGUACAAUCAGUUCAUCCCAUCCUACAAACUGUUUUGACUAUUUCCCUGUUGCUGGGAUUGUGGAGAUGUAAAUGUUCCUAAGUAAGUAUUAGUGGUUCUCUGUGACUCACUGGGCACCAUAAAGCAUGGCACUAACACUGCCGGGGUUAACAGGCUUCAUCCCCAUUGUAGCCAACAAUGUUUAAAAAAAAAAAAUAUGCACUGUAAGGUGCCUCAGCUAAAAGUGGCAUCCACCAGCUGGCACGUGUGAUGUCAUAUAUGUACCUUUUUUACUUAUAUUUGGUUGUUUUAUGAGUCAGUAUUAGAAACGCAGGAAAAGGGAAUCUGCCUUAGUUGACUUGAAGGUAGAAACCUUGAAAUUUGGUUCAAAAAAUAAUCACAGAAAUCGGUGGGAUCCAGUGCCCCCUGACAAAUAGACCCAGACCAAAGCUGCAAGCAAUACUCCUGAUGUCUCCUUUAAUGUCACCCGAUCACAAACAGGAUCUGAAUGAAGUUUCCCUCCCCCUCUCCUCCCCCAGUCUUUGUUCUUCUCCUGUUCUAUUCUCUCUCUACAAAAUUGUCUGAGUUUUGUUUGUUUUUUUGUAUAUUCCCCCCCUAAAGACUGCCUGCUCCUAGAGUUUUGUUUUUCUUUUGACUGCACUAAAGAUGUCAACUGAUGAUGUCAUGAUAAAAAACCGUCCCCAUUUAUGGAUUGGAUGGCAACUAUCACAGCAAGAACUGAACUGCUUCUGCUUAACCCUUGUGGGCUUUGUCUUUCUAUUUAUUUUUUAUUUUUUUGGUGACUCCAGAGUGGUCAGUGUUCGUCCACUCUGGGUUUCAGAGCCACAGCUCCCCGUUCUCCCUCUCUCCAGUUGUCCGAUGUGUGAAAACCUCUACCAACAAAAUCCACAACCUUGCAUGUACUACCAACACUGAAGCUGCACCUAGCAUGACGACAAACUUUUAAAGGACUCGCGUAGAAAAAAAAAAAAAACAACUAAAGAUAGAUAUAUAAACUGAACAAAAAAGAAUAAAAGAGUUCUUAGUUUACUUUUGCA